CCUUGGCCCUCCUCUUCACUUGGUUGUCUAACAGGCGGAGAGAGGACGAGCAUGGCUAAUAAAGAUCCCGGGGGUUUUCUGCAGCAGCUGCGGCAGAUAGCAGGCAGGAUGUCAUCAGGACCUCGGGGUGCAGGACUCGGUGUCAAACUGCUGAUUGGUGCCGGAGCUCUGGCUUAUGGAGUGAAGGAAGCCACGUACACAGUUGAAGGAGGACAGAGAGCGAUCAUCUUCAACAGGAUCGGAGGGAUGCAGAUGGACACGGUGCUCGCAGAGGGACUCCACUUCAGGAUACCCUGGUUCCAGUAUCCCAUCAUCUACGACAUCCGAGCCCGACCCAGAAAGAUCUCCUCGCUCACCGGGAGCAAAGACCUUCAGAUGGUGAACCUCACGCUGCGAGUUCUGUCCCGGCCGCUGGCGUCCAACCUGCCCGUCCUCUACCAGCAACUGGGACAGGACUACGACGAGCGCGUGCUGCCCUCCAUCGUCAACGAGGUGCUGAAGAGCGUGGUGGCCAAAUUCAACGCCUCACAGCUCAUCACACAGAGAGCGCAGGUGUCCAUGCUGAUCCGCAGGGAGCUGUUUGAUCGGGCCAAAGACUUCAACAUCAUCCUGGACGACGUGGCCAUCACCGAGCUCAGCUUCAGCCGGGAGUACACGGCCGCCGUGGAGUCCAAGCAAGUCGCCCAGCAGGAGGCGCAGCGAGCUCAGUUUUAUGUGGAGAAGGCCAAACAGGACCAGAGACAGAAGAUCAUCCAGGCGGAGGGAGAAGCUCAAGCCGCCAAGAUGCUGGGCGAGGCUGUGACGAAGAACCCGGGCUACCUGAAACUGAGGAAGAUCCGGGCGGCGCAGAACAUCGCUAAGACGGUGGCGCAGUCCCAAAACAGAGUGUACCUGAACGCUGACAGCCUGGUGCUCAACCUGCAGGACAGCGACAAGUUCAAUUUCAGUCGCUGAUGAAGUCAGGACGUCGUCUCCUGGUCGGCGGUUUGUCGUCAUUCCUUCACUUCCUCUCCUCCAGCAACAAACUCCCUCCGGUCAUCUCGCAGCGCUUCUCGCAGGUUAAUCGACUCCACAUCAGGUUUUCAGUCUGAUCCAGGUUUAUCUGUGAACCACUUCCUGUACGGGGGGAGGGGGAGGGGGAGGGGCCACAACAGUUGACUGUAACCCGUGGAUUCUUAUGUCAUCCAGCUGCUGGGUGAUUUUAUUUUGAAAGGUUCCUGUGGUGUUGGUAAAAGACUCAUCCUCCAGUUUGUUUUCGCCUUCUUGUUUUUGCUUUUUCAGAAUCAGAAAAACUUGAUUAAUGAAUAAGAAGCUGGUUUCAUCCAGCACUCGAGUCGUGGUUCUGACGCUUCCUGCGGCGCCGCGUUCACCCGUUUCUGUACAGAAAGAUUUUCAAUGUGGAUGAACGCGUCUUCGUCAGUCCUCAGAUCGUCCCUUUAACGAGUAGGAAUUCAUUACAUAAAACACAUUUACAUUCACAGGACUGAUUUAAAGCGCCAGUGUCAUGACUUUAAACCAACACCAGAGGAAUCUUCAUUAAAGGUCAGUUCUCCAAAAUCACAAAGACGAGCUUCAACGUUACUGGUUGUGAUUUUUAUGAGAGAAAAAGUGAUAACAAUGAGAAUAAACUCCUGCAGUCACGAGAAUAAAAACAUUAUAUCUUUAUCCUUCAAAUAAAAUGACUUGAUGUUUUUCCCUCUAACACCAGAGCGUCGUCUGUCCACGCAGACAACGAUACAGUAGAAGAAGAAUCGUGAGGCUUCAGCUGCUGUUUUUAUUUUCUAGUUUAAUCCACUGAUUUAUUCUGUUUGUUCAUUUAAUAGUUUGAUUAUAAAAUGUCAGGAAACAGUUUACAGAGACUUCACAUGUCCGUUUGUCCAAGUAGCAAAUAUUCAUGUUGUCGAAGCUUUUUCUUUCCGUUGCAUUAAAAUCAUUGAUUAUAAUGAUUGUUAGAUAUAUUUUCUGUUUUUGAUUGAAUAAUGAAUUGAUAAGUUGCUCAGCUGUAAUAAAAUCAGUGUGCGUGGACAGACGGCGCUGCUGUAAAGGA